AUGGCACCAGUCACGAGAAGAGCGGCCAGGAAGGCCUAUACUUCUUUGAUCUCGACUCCUCCAGUUCUGACAACACCCGAGGUUCUAGAAUUGAUUCUGGUUCAGACCGAUAUGCGCACUCUUCUGACAUCUUGCCAACGAGUCUGUCGAGACUGGCAUAAUCUGAUCACCACGUCACCAUCGAUUCAGAAAUCCCUCUUCUUCACUCCAAUCAAAGAACCCGAAUGGGGCGCGGGAGAAAAGCUCCUUAAUCCGCUGCUAGCAGAGAUGUUCCCUACCAUUUUUCCUGCCAAGGGCGACCCAUACAAGCGAGAUUUUCACUUUUCCGAUUGCGCGAUGGCCAAAGGUCCCACAAGUUUAGAUCAUUUUGUCCAGAAAGAUGCUAGCUGGCGCAAGAUGCUCGUGCAGCAACCUCCUCUAUGGGAGUUUGGCCUUUUCCAUAUUGAUUCCGGCAGGGGUGGCGAUAACGCUCUCUGCGUUGUUAUACCCGCGAAUUCGACGAAGCAAAAAAACGGAGACGAGGGCCUUCGAAUGGGAAGACUCUUUGAGAUCUUGCUAUUCGAUUCGUCUAUUCGAAUUGGAAUGUUCGAGAGUGCACGUCUGUAUUGGUCAGCAGAUGAGCCGAUUGAUUUCCAUUCGAGAGAAGAACCAAUCAAAGACGCAUUUCAUCAAAUGCUUGGUCAAGUAGGUCUGGUUCUACAUACCGAGCAGGUAAUCCAGUGCGGGAUGGGUUUCGGGCGUAGUCUUAGUGGCGUUAAGACGACUGAGAUGGAAAUUAUUCAGGCGUAUCGAGAGCAUGGCUUAGAUGUUGAUUUCCAAGCAGAGGAGAUGAAAGCCCGCAGAAGGUCGGGCAAGAAAAUAAGAUGGCUGGAUAUAGAAUCGGAUGAAAGCGACUCGGAAGAUCUUGAUGAGUCGUAG